AUGAUCGGCGGUGGAGGAGGAGAAAUGAUGGGAGGAGGAGGAGGAUGGAUGAUGGGUGGUGGAGGAGGGAUGAUGGGUGGUGGAGGUGGAAUGUUGGGCAAUGGUGGAGGGAUGAUAGGUGGUGGAGGAGGAAUGAUGGGUGGUGGAGGAGGGAGAGGGAAACCUCAAGGCCUUCACACAUUUCGAAACGAUGCCUUGCAAGCGCACAAUAAGUACAGACAGACACACAACGCUAUGGCGCUCCGAAUGAGCGGGGGUUUGAACCGCCAGGCAGAGCACUACGCCAAGAGAUUGGCUCAACGUGGAUUAUACAAAGUAAGACGCGACCCUUAUAUUCGCCCGUGGUUUGGAGAAAAUAUUUUUGUACAUUGUGGCAAUCAUAUCAGCGGGGCCGACGUAUCAAAAGCAUGGUACAGUGAAGUUUGCGGCUACAAUUUUGAUAAGCCGUCAAAAAGUAAAGGCUUCGUGGAUUAUUUCACACAGUUAGUCUGGCGAAAGACGAAGGCUUUUGGGAUUGGUCGAGCUUUUGGUAGCACAAACGGCAUGCAGUGUACAUACGUGGUGGGCCGCUAUUUUCCAUCUGGAAAUUAUCUUGGUAAAGAGAGGAAUAACGUUCUGAGAGGGCGAUAUAAUCCAGCCAUGUGCGGUGGAGGUUUUGGAGCUGGUGGUGGAGGCGGUGCUGGAGGUGGUUGGAUGGGAGGUGGAGGACAGGGUGGUCCUGGGGGUGGUGAAGGGGCCGGCGGUGGUGGUGCUGGUGGUGGAGGUGGUGCUGCUGGAGGUGGCGGUGGAGAAGGAGGGGGUGGUGAAGGGGGCGGAGGUGGUGGAGGACAAGGAGGAGGUGGCGGAGGACAAGGAGGAGGUGCUGGUGGAGGUGAAGGUGGUGGAGGACAAGGAGGAGGUGCUGGUGGAGGUGAAGGUGGUGGAGGACAAGGAGGAGGUGCUGGUGGAGGUGAAGGUGGUGGAGGACAAGGAGGAGGUGGCGGAGGACAAGGAGGUAGUGGUGGAGGUGGUGGAGGUGGUGGUGGUGGAGAACAGACACAAGCUGAAUUUGAACAGGAAGGUUUGGAAGCUCAUAAUAAAUAUCGAGCUAUUCACGAGGUCGCUCCAAUGAAACUGAACACAGAGAUGAACGCUCAAGCAGCAAAAUGGGCUGAACAUAUGGCUUCAUUAGGAACGUUAAAACAUGCAGAAAGUAAUGAAAGGAAUGGGGAUGGCGAAAAUAUCUAUUAUAGUUGUGGUAUGGCCGCUACUGGUGGUUCGGUUACCAAUGAAUGGUACAAGGAAGUGUGUGACUAUGAUUUCAAUACAGGCAAAUCAGCCAAUGGCAAGGCAGUUGGUCAUUUUACCCAAGUUGCUUGGAAAACAAGUCUAGAGCUUGGCAUGGGCAGAGCUACGAAGGGGGAUUGCACUUACGUCGUGGCACGAUAUAAACCACCGGGAAAUUGGAUAGGGAAAGAAAAGGAGAAUGUUUUUAAGGGAACUUUCGAUAAGUCUUACUGUCAGAAUCCCAAAUGGGUGCCAAGCGGUGGAGGAGGUGGCGGUAGUGCAACUGGGGGAGGUGGUGCAGGAGGAGGUGGUACAGCUGGUGGUGGAGGGGGUGGUGAAGCUGGAGGAGGUGGCGGUGGUGCAGCUGGGGGAGGUGGUGCAGGUGGAGGGGAAGGAGGUGCCGGAGGACAAGGAUGGGGUGGCGGAGAACAUGGAGGAGGUGGGGGAGGGGCUGCAGGGGGUGGUGGUGGAGGCGGGGGAGGUCUAGGGGGCGGAGGUUUUGGAGGAGGUGAUGGAGGCGGAGGUGGUGAGCAAACACAAGCUGAAUUUGAACAGGAAGGUUUGGAAGCUCAUAAUAAAUAUCGAGCUAUUCAUGAGGUCGCUCCAAUGAAACUGAACACAGAGAUGAACGCUCAAGCAGCGAAAUGGGCUAAACAUAUGGCUUCAUUAGGAACGUUAAAACAUGCAGAAAGUAACGAAAGGAAUGGAGAUGGCGAAAAUAUCUAUUAUAGUUGUGGUAUGGCCGCUUCUGGUGGAUCGGUUACCAAUGAAUGGUAUAAAGAAGUGUGUGACUAUGAUUUCAAUACAGGCAAAUCAGCCAAUGGCAAGGCAGUUGGUCAUUUUACCCAAGUUACUUGGAAAACAAGUCUAGAGCUUGGCAUGGGCAGAGCUACGAAGGGGGAUUGCACUUACGUCGUCGGACGAUACAAACCACCGGGAAAUUGGAUAGGGAAGGAAAAAGAGAAUGUUUUUAAGGGAACUUUCGAUAAGUCUUACUGUCAGAAAACCAAAUGGGUGCCAAGCGGUGGAGGAGGUGGGGGUGAUGCAGCUGGGGGAGGUGGUGCAGGUGGAGGUGGUACAGCUGGAGGUGGAGGGGGUGGUGCAACUGGUGGUGGUGCAGCUGGAGGUGGCGGUGCAGUUGGUGCAGCCGGGGGUGGUGCAGGAGGUGGUGCUGCAGGGGGAGCUGCUGCGGGAGGUGGUGCUGCGGGAGGUGGUGCUGGUGGUGGUGGUGCAGCUGGGGGCGGUGCGGGCAUGGGAGGUUGGGGUGGUGGAGCUCAAGGAGGUGGAGGUGGUUCAAGUUGGAACAUUAAUUUUGGAGGAGGUGGAAGUCAAGGUGGUGGUGGCGGUGGUGAUGGUGGAGGAAAAAGCUGGAGUACAAAAUGGGGAGGAGGCGAUAAUGGAGGGGGAGGAAAUAGUUGGAGUUCAAAAUGGGGAGGUGGUAAUGGCGGAAACUGGGGUGGAAGUUGGGGUGGAAGUUGGGGUGGAGGUGGAUCUCGAGUAUCACAGAGCGACAAACCAUAA